AAGUACAUAAACAUAUGGCCAUUGAGUCCCCUGUACAGAUCGCGCUAGAACUUCGGUCUCUGUAUUUGGUGAGUGAAGCCAACGGAGUUCAGCUGAACAACCAACAUAACAGAGACCGAAGCUUUUGGUCAGUGAAGCCAACGGAGUUCAGCUGAACAACCAACAUAACAGAGACCGAAGCUUUUGGUCUACUUCAAUCACAGCUCGGGAACUUUUGACGACCGACGGGUAUUCACUCUUGAGAAAUUCCAAUUCAUUUGCUUUCAACCUUUUUUCUUCGAUUUUAAUGCUUUGAAGCAUUCCAUCGAGGAAAAAUGGGUGACAAAGCAUCAGUAGAUUUACUAAAGAUCCUGUGUAUCCAUGGUUACAGACAGACUGGUAAAACUUUCAGAGAGAAGACUGGAUCUUUGAGAAAGGCUCUCAAGAAACAUGCAGAGUUUGUUUACAUUGAUGCUCCUAAUCUAAUCAAAAGUACGAGUGAUGAGGGUGCUGCAACCAAUGAAGAGAGAGGCUGGUGGUUUUCCGACAAUGAGGGCGGUUUCCGUGCAGCGCAGAAAACAGAUGUCAAUCCAGGCUACAAUGAAUCUGUGGAAACUAUUGCGCAAGCUCUGAAAGAGCAGGGUCCUUUUGAUGGUGUUCUUGCAUUCAGCCAAGGGGCUGCCAUGCUUACCUUGAUAUGUGGCCUGAAACAACAGGGAGAUACGAGGUUCCCAUUCAAUUUUGCGAUUUUAGUGGCAGGCUUUAGGAGUCUGAGUUCAGGCCAUGACCAUUGCUUCAAAGAGAAAAUCACAUGCCCAACACUUCAUGUUUUUGGAGACACCGACCAAGUCAUUCCUAAAGAAUCAAGUGAGGCUAUGCUACAGUACUUCACAGACCCGGUAAUACUGCAACACACAGGAGGUCACUAUGUACCAGCAACAUCAGCAGAGAAAAAAGUGUACAUCCCUUUCCUUCAAGAGCAAGACAGGAAAAAGAAAGAACAGUCGGAUCCAACAUCAUGACCUCAAUAAAUGUGAUCUUCUGUGAACAAGUUAUGUUUAGUUAUUUUCUGGGCCCAGUGACACAAUGAUUAAUGAUUGAUUAUAGAGUAAGAAAGUGUGACAUCAACUUUCCAUUUUUGCAUUUCAGCAUUUUUUUCUCGCCUGCAUAGCAGAGCGAGACUAUAGGCGCUGCUUUUCCCGACGUCGGCGUCAUAAUUAAACGGGGUCUCUGUACCAUUUGUCUCUUUUCAGUAGAUGCUGAAUCAGCAAUGUUCACAGCUGUGGAAAGAGCAGAACAGUAGAAGUAGGUUUUAGAAUCCCCUAUCUCCCCCCCCAAGCCUUUGGCACGACGAGAAGUGAUUAUAAAGCAAUUAGUGGCGAAGAUGAAAUUCCUGUCCAAAAAGCAAUGUCUAUUUUGAAAGGCUCCUCCAAACAGUUAACUCCAGAAAGUAAAAGAAAAAAAAAAUGUAACGUCCAAAUAACAGCGAACACCAGCAGGAAAAAAAAUGCAUAAAACAGAAACUCCAAGAACACAAAAAGUAUGUCAUAGCACUUUAGAGAGACAUCUGGUAAUCUGAGUGCCACGCAGGUCUACUGGCCCGACGGAGAGAUCGCCUGGGGGAAGGAGCUGGGUGCCAUGGUUGAAUGUAAACAAUUUCCGAGAAGUAUUGAAUUAAGAAUUGAUCCGAAAUGACGGCCUCAGGAACACGAAAUCCGAAGGAAUUAAAGAAUAUGAUUUCUGCAAGCAAGCAGCUGUGAACAUAAUGGGUCUCUGUACCGUUUGUCUCUAUUCUGUAGAUGCUGACUCAGCAAUGUUCACAGCUGUGGAAAGAGCAGAACAGUAGAAGUAGGUUUUAGAAUCCUCUAAUAAUAAUAAUAAUAGAGGAUAUUUAUUAAGCACAUAAUAACUAGUAUAGUUCUCUAUGUGCUUUACAAAUAAACAAAUAUACAUAAGACAGUAAAACUGAGUCAGUUAUAACAAUAACAUAAACAAAAUAUAACAUGAAGUAACUUAGAAUAUCAAGAAAGGGUGCAACUUAUGUUAUAUGAAUAUCAUAUUAUAUUAUGUAUAUGAAAGUAAACCCAGCCUAGAUCUAGAUGUCUGUGCGUAUUCUCAAGCCUGCAGCCAGCUAUCGAUACAUGGGUGCAGAGAUAAAACAAUCACAUGCAUCUAGACCUUGACUGAAACCCUAUUAAAGCCUAGAGAAUCAAUCAGUUUUUCGGGCUCUCCUGAAGCUGUUGGAGCUUGAGGCUGGGACAUCUAGGAUCUUGAGGGCCAAAUUGUACAGACAUGGAAACUGAAAUACUCCAGUAUUGAAGAGGACCUUCAUAAAAUGAGUUCCCUCGUUGUUGUGCCUGAGGGGUGACGGCUUAUUUCUUCAGGGCGGGGCUGGUGUCUCUUUCUCAAUUGCUGACAUUUUGUCUGCAGUCAAGUUGGGGGUUCAAGCUCUUCCCCCUCUUCACUGCUUGCACUGUUGACAUCUGAGCUUUCAUGAUGGAAUACAUCUGCAAUCUCACCAGCUUCAUCAGCUCUGCAUAUAUAGACACAAGACAAAACAUGGAAGAACUUUACAGAUAGUUAUUUAGUAGAAACAUCUUUUGCAGGAUUCUUCUUUUAUCAGUUGUAGUUACACAAGUUUAAUGUGUGAUAAAUCCCAAGGCUUGUGAAUGAUUCAUACCAGGAUUUAAAAAUUCAACAUACCUAUAAAUUUCUCUUUCAAUUCAUUGGCAAAGGAGGCAGGCUUGCCAUCCAGAGGCAAAGCUACGUCAACCCAAGUGAGGCCAUAUUGCGGGUCAAGUACUGCAGGAACAAGAUAGAUCUUAUUUCCAAACGGCUCAUCAUUAAUGUCUGGUGCCGCUGAUGUUAUCUCUGUUGCAGUGUAAAUCCCUCAGAAAUAGUGAGACAGCCCAUCCUGCAGUGCCGUUUUUAUUUUUCUAGUAUAUCUAGCUCUGCUUUUCAUCUUUCUCAGAUGGGAAGGUAAAUCUAAGAUGGUUGGCACUACCAAGCUGAUUGUGACUGCCAAUUCACCUGUACAGAUAAACAAGGAAUAAAAUCCAUGCGACCAUGUUACAAAAAGUAAACCUGAAUUCCAUAUUUGAAAUAUGUAUUAAUGAUUCUCAUCUUUUGUUUAAAAAUCAUUCUUGUAUCUUGUUUUAUAUCCAAUUUUCCUUGCGAUGCGAUGGAGCUAAAUUCUGCCCCACAAAAAUCUUCAACGAGUGUCUUAAAGUCAUACGCCUUGAUCGUCUUCAACAAAUUAAAGGUUCUGUUCCACCUAGUAGCAUUAGCUGUUGGAAGGGAUCUAUAGUUAUAGGAAUUGUGAUCGCAUCAUUAAAAAGGUCAAUAAUUUAUCUUAAAUGGUUUUCCUUCAUCAUGUAUUGUUUUCAACAAUUCUGCCGGUAUAGUGCAAUGAAACUGAUUGAUUUAGGACUUAUUGUCAAAUAUUUCUUACCAUUGCCAAUGAGCUGCCAUAUAUAAAUUAUUGCCGAAAUAACAAAUUCUAAAUAUGAUAAGCGCAAAGACUAGAGUGAAUGAUGGUUGAAUGCGAUGAUAAUUAGAUUUUGCAGCACAGAUUAUGGUAAAUAAUUUUACAGCCUCUUGUACUGAUUAGGCCCAAUGUGCCCUCAACUUGUCGCAUGCAUCCAUGUUUGUCGGGGUAGGUGUCACUUAUCCGACCAAGUGGCCACUGACCGCGUGGGAGACUGUCAUCAGCCAUUAGAACCAGAUCGUCUGUUUUGAAGUUUCUUCUUUGUUCCAUUUUUUGGCAUUGUUGGAGAAUGGGGAAGUAUUCCCUAACCCAUCUUCUCCAGAAUUGGUCCGCCAAGUAUUGGACCUGCCUCCAUCUUCGUCGUAAAAGGCAGUCUUGCUUCAUGAAGAUGCCUGGGGGCACGGUUAGGUUCCUGUGGUAUAGCAGGAGAUGGUUGGGAGUGAGGGGCUCCAGAUCAUUUGAAUCAGAAGAAGAAGUCACUUUCUUUUUUUCUAAGUCGACGCUAUUUCUUCAGUCCCAACAGAUUCGAUUUAGGCAAGGUUGACAGUAAGCUUCUGUUUUGGGUGAUAGCUUAACUAGGCUGCACACUGAUCAGUAGGUCCUGGUUGAAGGUCUGAUCUAGUAAUGUGUAGAGUUCAUAUAUUUAAUACUCACCAGCCCUGGCUGCUCCAUAUAUUUCGGGAAUUUCUUAAUAAUCUCCUCCUUUAACCAUAUCCAGACGGAUUGUCAUGGUUUUUUGCAUUUUCAAUGCAACCUCAUUAUCACCAGCGUCUCUUUUAUAAGUGAAUUUCAUUAACGACAACGGUAUUUGUAGUUUCGCCAUCAUUUUCCGGCACUCCCCGCUUGAUUACAGUGAAGGUGGCCACAAACCCAAGUGGGUCAUAAAGAGAACUUGUGGCUGAAAGGAUACCUUGCCUUGUGUGAGGUACGUCCUUGGUCGAAAGUUUCGAAAAACCCUAGAUUAGAAAGCAUCAGUCUCCAUAUCCCACAGGACUCCAAGUGUCCUCUCUGUAGGCAUGUGGUCAUGAUCUAAAUCUAGAUCUACGAUGGAGGUAAGCCUGACAAGAUGUCUAUGCCGUUAGUGACCCAUUUAGUCAGCCUGAAGCCACCACGCUUCAAUAGCUCUCUCAACUGAGAUACCACUCUUGUUCCAUCUUCUUUGGAAGCAACAGUCAUCGAUGUAGAAGUUGUCUCUGACUGUCUGACAGACAUCAGGAUUGAAGGCAUCUUUGUUGUCUUCAACUGUCCUCCUGAGGGCAAAUGUUGCACAGCUAGGAGAGGACGUGGCACCAAACAAAUGCACCAACAUAUGAUAUUCCUUUGGUUUCUUGGAUAAGUCACCAUCUGGCCACCAAAGAAACCUAAGGGCAUCAACAUCAGAGGGUGUCACCUUGACCUGAUGGAACAUGCCCUCCAUGUCAGCAACCAGUGCUAUCUUCUCCUGGCGGAAUCUCACAAGCACACCUAUUACUUGUUUGUAAGGUCUUGACCACUAAGCAACUGAUUAUUCAAGGAGAUUCCUUGAAAUUUGCUGCCCAAACACAACCCUCACUUUUUCAGAUUUCAUAGGGUGCGUCACAGGAUGGUGUGGCAGAUACCACCAGGGGAAGGUUUGCUCAGAGUUGUUUGUCACCUCCUGAGCAUGGCCUUUAGAUAAAUACUUGUUCAUUGUCUUUGAGUGCUAUUCAUAGAGAUUUUCGUCUCAUUGAAGUCUUUUCUUUAGGGACUUGAAACGAGACUCUGCCAGCCAUUUGUUAGGAGGUUGGCGUCGCCAUGGCAGCCCCAACUGAUAAUUUCCAUUAGUCAAUGCGACUGAGUCUUCCAUCAUCAUUUUUGCCCCUUAUCCUCAGUGGACUCAGCAGGAAGAUCUUCUUCAUCUCCUGGCAUCUUAUCCAUUUUUUUUUUAUUCAUUUCAUUUUAUUUAUUCAGGCAUGUUCACAAUGUACAAUGUAAAAGAAUAAACAGAUAAUAUAUAAAUAUAUAUAAAACACAAGUAAAUAAUGAACAUACAGUACAAAGGUGCUGCAACAUAAGCUAAAAGCUUGAUUGAAACUUGAAACUGGUUUUGCAUCCAAGAAAACAAAAUAAAAAUGUAAGAAUAAGGAAGAGAGCAAAGAAAGAGAAGAAUAUACAAGUGAUAUAACAAUUAAGUUUCAAGUUGUUAUGAAUAUAUGGUAAUAGUAAUUCAACAAAGUUAAAUUCUUAAUCUUCAGUUAC